GUUUUCUCUUCGUGGCAAAACCAGACAAGCUCAGGAUUAUCUUUAAGGGUUGUCCAGGAAGAGUUCCUCUCUGUGGAACAAAAGAGGCUGCAUUCCAGUAUUCAGAAGCUAUUUAAUGCCUUGUCUUUCCCUUCUGGGGAAAGGUGCAGGGAACUGAAAAUAUCUGCUGCUCUUCCAGAAUUAGAGAGGUUUGUGCAACAUUUUACUGUGAGCAGUGUCAGUCAGGAGCCAGUGAUGAGAGCACAUCUUCCUCUGCUGUUGCAACAGUCAGAAGUCAUUCCUGAUAGCAAAACAGAAGCUGAUAAGGUGGUCAUCACCAUUAUAACUGGCCUUCCAGGAUGCCGUUGCAGCGACCUGUGUGCUUUCCUUGUAACAUUUAACAAGGAGCAUGGAAGGUGGGUGGUGUACCGUCAGACCAUGGACAGCCCUGAGUGCUUCAGUGCCACCCACUUCCAGCGUUUCCUCUCCGGCGUGCUGGAGGCUCCGCAGCACCUCGGCGGCCGCCAGCCCCCCCAGGCCCAGGAGAAGAAGCGUCUCUUGGUGGUCCUGCAAGGGUACACUGAUGUUAUUGAUGUGGUACAAGCUCUGCAGACUCAUCCUGACCCAGAUGUGAAGUCAUCUUUCAUCAUUGGAGCAGUGAAUACUUGUGUAGAGCCUCUGAGUUGCUAUAUGGAACACAGGCUUCUUUUUCCCAAGUUCUUGGACCAGUGCUCACAAGGACUGGUGAGCAACGUGGUUUUCACAAGCCAUGCUACAGAGCAGAAGCAUCCACUCCUCCUGCAACUGCAGGGCCUCAUCCGAGCAGCCAACCCUGCAGUGUCCUUCAUCUUGGCAGAAAAUGGAGUUGUGAGGAGGAAUGAGGAUAUUGAAUUAAUUCUCUCAGAAAGCAGCUUUUCAAAUCCACAGAUGAUGAGAGCUCGAUAUUUAAUGUAUCCUGGCUGGUAUGAAGGGAAAUACAGAGCUGGGUCUGUCUUCCCUCCCAUGGUUCAGAUCUGCGUGUGGUUUAAUCGCCCGCUGGAGAAAACACGAUUUGUCACCAAGUGCAAAGCUAUUAAGUCAUUGCUCAAGCCAAGUCCUUUUUCUGGAAACAUCUAUCACAUCAUGGGCAAAGUUAAGUUUUCAGAUUCUGAUAAAGUGAUUGAAGUCUGUCACAACACAUCAUCCAACUCACUAAGCCUUGUGCCUGUUCAGGAGGGGCCAACUCCUCCUGAUCCAAGAAGUGAUAACAGAGAUUGCAGCAGCCAGCAGGAGUGUUUCCUUGUGUUCAUUGGCUGCUCUCUGAAGGAAGAGGAUAUAAAAGACUGGCUCAGAGAAACUGCAAAACAGAAACCUCAGAGGAAAGCCCUGAAAACCAGAGGAAUGCUAACCCUCCAAGAAAUCAAAAACAUCCAUGUGAAACGCCACUUGGAUCCCCUUCCAGCUGGUUAUUUUUACAACGGGACUCAAUUUGUGAAUUUCUUUGGUGACAAAAUGGAUUAUCAUCCAUUGAUGGACCAAUUCAUGAACGAUUACUUGGAGGAAGCCAACAGGGAAAUAGAGAAGUACAACAGAGAACUAGAAGAACAAGAGUAUCAUGAUCUCUUUGAGCAGAAGACAUAAGCACGUGCACUCGGUGCAUUUCUGUACCACCUACUGUCAGUAACCAAAAAAAUGCUGUUGUCCUUGCUGGUUAACUAGAAAAUUAAGUGAAAUGUCAGUUUUCAGCACUCCUUUUAAAACUAAGAGAUCAUUCCUGUAAGGUUGGCAUUUUAAUAUGGUAACUGCUUAGCUGUUUGUUCUGUCAGGUUUGCUUCCACUUCACCUUAAUUCCAGACUGUAAAAAGCAUCCCCUGGAAUCUCUGGCUAGUAGUGGAAA